GUACGCCUUGUUGCUAUGGGAAAGGAAAGAAACUUCAUAUAGGUGAUGUCGAGUCACUCGUCGUGAACGGAGACGACGGUGAAGGUUUGCCCAAUAUGCCGACUCUCCAGCUACGCACGUCGAUUGAAGGGCAGGACCCCAUCGCCACUUCUAUUCCGACUGACUUUGUGUCGCUGGCUUCGAUAUGUCUUUUCUUGACCCUUAUGGCGGCGAGCUUGAGGAUAUUUACCAAGACGGUUGACAUUAAGCGGGUGCAAGUCGAUGAUUAUGUAAUUAUUAUUUCGACAGUUGGCUUCACUGUCUUCAUCGGGAUCAUGUUCGCAGCAGCCAAUGCGGGUCUCUCCUUGCCCACCGCCGAACUCUCUCUCCAGCAAUACAAGAGCGCUGUACGACUGUCCGACGCCCUUGAUAUCACAUACGCUCCAACAAUGUUCGCUGCAAAGCUUGCCAUUCUCAUCCAAUUGGCGAGAUUCCGCCACGCUCGGAAACAACUUGUCUAUUGGAGCGUAAGGUUUCUUAUUGUGUUGAAUGUCCUAUGUUAUACCGGGGUGUUCAUCGUCCAGGCCAUCAACUGCUACUUCAACUCCAACCUGGAUGCUAAGACUGCUCCUGGAUUGUCCGGCACUCGCAACUUUACCGGGAUUACCUCCGGAACUACUAAUGUCAUUUCCAAUCUGUUCAUCUUGGUGUUGGCUGUGUUUGGGGUCGCUGCGAUGCAGCUUUCACGAACACGACAAGUAUUUUUGGGUCUUAUGCUCCUGUUGGGAAGCUUCACUUGCGCUGCCAGUAUUGUCAGAUUGGUGUACAGCGUUCGAGUCGAGGGGAGCCCUGACUUCAGUGUCACGGUAUGGGCGCUCCACAAGUGGUCAAUCGGAGAGCUCACGUCAAUCAUCUACUGUGCCUGUUGUCCAACAUUCCCUCGUCUCCUUCAAUACAUCCAAGGACGGAGUUCCCCCUCGCCACCUACCCACACCAAACAAAUCGACGACCUAGAAAACUCUCGUUCCGAGACAGCCAUGUCCGACUACGAAUUCGAGGAGCUCCUUAAACAGCCCCCAAAAGUCUUCAACGGCAUACGAUACUACAACAAACCCACCCCAAUCCCACAACCCCUGGCUCGCUCCAACUCCGCAAAAACCUACCGCAUCCCCAUCACCCGCUCCAACUCAACCCCAACACGCAACUUCUCACGAACCAUCUACACCGACUCGCCCCAACAAAACACAUCCCGCACCUCGAUUCUCCGCACAACCUCCCCACCCCCAAUCCAACCCCAAAAAUCCCUCCGCAGAACCCCAAUCUACCACAUCGACGCCCUCGCCUCGCUCCCCCCACCCCCACCGAUCCCCUUCACGCCACCGUAUCCCUCUACACCCGUCCACAGUAUCCCAGAAUACGACAUCCCCAUCUCACCUGGCUCGCCUACGCAAUCGCAUUUCCCGGUGUCGCCGUCUACAACGAAUAACACGUCGUGGCCGUCGCCUACGCAGACGGAGUUCUCGGUGCCGGAGGUCAACGAUGCGACGCAGCUGAGGAUGAUGCCUGUUUACUUCGCGACUAUCAGGAAGACUGUUGAUGUUAGGGUUUCGAGUCACACGAAUCCUGGAAGUCCUAUUACGUGGGCGAAGGGCGGGACACCGCGGAUGUGGUAGGUAGAUAGGGUGCGUGGUAUCAAACACGUAUUGAUGUACCUCGUGUGAGUGCUUGGUCGAUCAUGAUGAAUGAUGUGAUGAGAGACUGCGCGUUAUAUCGUCUUCGCACGCGUGUGCCUGCACGUCCACACAAGCAUUCGCACAUCAAGGCGCAAUUCCCUCAUCCGUGCACGAGACUACUAUUGCUCCUUGCGAUCCUGUCCGCCCGUCUUUUCCGACCAUUUCACGGCAUUCUGGGGUUUUAACCUAUCGUCAAUUGCUCACUUUCUACGUCCGCGAUCAUCCUCACUGCGUCUUACUUCUUCGUUCCUUGAUGAGUACCGUCAAACACCGCCAUCACAGCGCACGAAGGAUCCACUCGACAUGCCAACCUCCACAAGGUCAACUCAACAUCCAGCAUCUACCUUCACCACGUCCAUGUUGAAUCCAAUACCGACCAACCAUUACAAUCCGGACCUCGACUACCCUUCUUUUUCAAACUCAUUCUACCUACCUUACUCCCUCUCAUAUCCUCCACCGCCCUUUUCCAUCUUUCCGCAGCAUUCUUCUUCU